GGCCCGGUCCCCCAUACCUAUACUUUGUUCCUUCCCGGCAGGAUGCGGACCAAAUCCAUCCUGUCAUGGCGUUGGUACGCCGCCAUCGCAGCCACAUUACCAGCCUGGAUAGCAAAUGCUAGCCCAUCUGUCAAUGUUGCUCUCCAAGCAUCAUUCGAUGCAUCCCCAUAUCUUGUGGAGCUUCUUGAAUCCGCCGCAGAGGAAAACGCCACAUCAUACUUCCCUUUACUCGAUCGGAUCGCCGGCGGAGCCUUUGAAGAUGCCGCUACUGAGAAGGAGCUCUACGAUCGCUUCUUACAGGUCGUUCAUGAAGAUGGACACCUCCGCACCCCCGAAGCUCUCUCCUCCUUUAAAUUGUCGCUUGCGGUUCGAUCCUCUGCGCCGCGCAUUCAGGCCCAUUACCAGUUCUACAAUACUUCUGUUCAGCAUUCGUUGAUGGUGGCUCAGGAUGCGGUUUGUCCGGUUUGGGUUCAUACCGAUGGGAAGCAAUACUGUUCUUCGGCUAUGGAGCGCGCGCAGCAGGAUGUCCAGGGAGAAUUAGACCCUAGAGAACUUCCCUUCGAUCGAGUCUUUGGCGAUGCAUCACUACCCCCGGCUGUACUUUAUGCGGACAUCUCCGCGCCCAUGUUUAAGGAAUUCCACGAGACGUUGACCGAUAUGGCGAAAGAAGGUCAGAUUUCAUACCGUGUGCGUUACCGGCCGCCACAGCACUGGGUCUCUCGUCCUUUGUUUGUCCCUGGAUAUGGUGUGGAACUGGCUUUGAAGCGUACGGAUUAUAUUGUGAUCGACGAUCGGGAUGCUGAGCAGCGAGGCGGCGAGGAGAAGCUGGCAGACUCUUUGGACGAGUUGAAGGAGGAUGCUCCGGAUGACUUGCGACCUCUCUCUGCAUCGGAGGUUUCAAGGCUGGGUUGGAACACUGCAGCCUACGUUCUGGACAGCGAGAACCCACUUGAUACAUUGAUUAAGCUUUCUCAGAACUUCCCCAAGUACUCAUCUGUUGUGGCUGCUCACAAUGCUACUGUUCCACUCAAGAGGGAAAUUCGCGCUAACCGGGCACGACUGAUUGCCGCUGGUGCUAAUGCUAUGUGGAUUAACGGUGUCCAGAUUGACCAGCGCCAGAUUGAUGCUUUCUCUCUCCUCGAUCACCUUCGUCGGGAGCGUAAGUUGAUUGAGAAAUUCCAGGCCUUGGAUUUGUCUGCCCAGGAUACCGUGAAGCUUCUCUCACACCCUGUCCUGGCGGAGGCGCAAGCAGAGAAUGAUGCCCAGCGAUACGACUACCGAGACGAACUGGAGGGUGGCGAGGUUAUUAUUUGGAUGAACAAUCUUGAGAAGGACUCAAGGUACCAGGAAUGGCCCGGUGAGCUGAAAGCAUAUAUCCAAAAUGCCUACCCCGGCCAGUUACCGCCUGUAGCCCGCGACUUGCAAAAUGUGGUGGUUCCUGUUGAUUUGUCAAAGUCAGAGGAUAUGCUGCUGGUCCUCCAGCAAAUUCUCACAUUCAUUAAGCGUGGUAUUCCUGUGCGAUUCGGAUUGGUGCCCACUGCGUCGUCACCAGAGUCUAUCGCGCAGCUCAAAGUGGCGCACUAUCUUCAGGACACUUUUGGACUCUCAGCUUUUAUUCAGUACUUGGAGGAGUCUGCCUCAAAAGCGAAGGCAGGGAACCCGGAUAAAUCCGUGUUCGCCUCUGUCAUCAAGGAGCGAACGCCACGUACGGACAAGGAAGUCAUGUCUCUGGAAGAAGUGCAAAAGCACGAACAUUACAGCGCUAUCGCAGAUCGUGCAUGCAGCUAUCAGAGCCGUCUGAGCCUUAAUGUUGAUGAGCCUCAUUUCCUGGUCAAUGGAAUUCCAAUCUCCCGCGAAGGGAACUGGAUGCAGGAGAUGAGUAUGCAGAUCGGCAGAGACUUGAAGCUAGUUCAGCAGGGUAUCGUUGAAGGAGUCUUUGAAGAGAACGCCUGGCUACCAGCCUUCUUCUUGGCGACAUCAUUUGAGAGACGUAACACUUUCUUGAUGCCUGAAGACCCCAAGAGUGUACACAUCGUGGACCUUUCUACGUUUUCUGGGUCUGAUUCAGAAGUCUUGGCUAAUAUGCCUCGUAUUCCAUCUGAAAAGUGUGCAUUGGAUAGUGUCAACAUCAUUGCUGUGGCAAACUUCAAUUCUGGAGAGGGAUUGAAGAUGUUGACCGAUCUACUGAGCUUCCGAAAGGAGCAUGAAGAAGUUGAGAUUCUCCUGCUACACAAAGGCAAUUUCGACUCUGAGGGAUCCAAUAUUGAUAAAAUCCAGAAGGCGCUUGUUGCGGGUGGCCUCGACCAACUGCUGGCUGUUCUUAGCUCACUGGAUGUGUCGUUCUCGGAACUGGACAGCAAAAAGACCCUUGGUGAUCGCCGAGACUUUAUUAAGAAGCUUGGCUUCUGGAACUCUGAUGGUGUUGUCGUCAAUGGAAGAGUAGUCGCCAUGCUAGAAUACAAUAUCGGUGUGAGCGAGCUAGCUCAAGUCGUUGCAUAUGAAAACAGCAAGCGCAUCGAACCAGUUGCAAAGGCUGCGAAGAAUCUCAAAUUGGACUCGAAAUUCUCUACACCAUUUGACUUUGCCAAGCUUACUUCUUUGAUUUCUUUAUCGGCGGCGGCUGAUAUCCCCGAGGGAAUGUUCGAAAACACCCCCGACUAUAGACUGGAUGUGUCGGAUAAUUGGAGGACAGAUCAUUCUGUGAUCACCAUUUCCAACUCUGACGAUCCUGCAAUCAAUGUUGUGGUUGUUCUCGACCCUGCAUCUGAGAUGGCUCAAAGAUGGCUACCUAUACUCAAAGUCCUGUCUGAAUUGGCUGGAGUCCAGCUGAAGAUCUUCCUAAACCCCAAAGAGGAAAUCAAGGAGCUCCCCGUCAAGCGAUUCUAUCGCUAUGUUCUAGAAUCUGAGCCCACGUUUACCAGUGAUGGUGCCCUGUCGCGCCCCCAAGCUUCUUUCUCGGGAGUGCCCGUCGAAGCGUUGCUUACACUGGGCAUGGACGUGCCUACUUCAUGGCUUGUUGCUCCCCAGGACUCCAUCCAUGAUUUGGAUAACAUCAAGCUGAGCUCGCUCAAAAGUGACACGAAUGUUGAUGCUAUCUAUGCCCUGGAGCAUAUCUUGAUCGAGGGCCAUUCCCGCGAUCUUACCACCAAGACUCCACCGCGUGGUGUCCAGCUCAUACUGGGUACCAAGGAAAACCCUCACUUUGCUGAUACCCUCAUCAUGGCCAAUCUCGGUUACUUCCAGUUCAAAGCACAGCCCGGUCUUUGGCAAAUCAACCUCAAGCCCGGUCGCAGCGAGAAGCUCUUCGACCUCGAAGACAUCGGUAGCUCCGGAUAUCACGAGCAACCCGGAGAGCAAGUCCACGAAGUCGCCCUGCUAUCAUUCCAGGGUCGCACUCUCUUCCCUCGUCUGUCCCGGAAACCAGGAUAUGAAACCGAAGAUGUCCUAGAAACAGGCCAACAAGGAUCAGCCAUGGGUCUAGUAUCAAAGGGACUCAACUUCGCUUCCGGUGUCCUUUCCAGCGUUGGCGUCGGCUCCAAGUCUGAAAAACAUGCCGACAUCAACAUCUUCUCCGUGGCAAGUGGUCACCUCUACGAGCGCAUGCUCAACAUCAUGAUGGUCUCCGUCAUGCGACACACCAAACACACUGUUAAAUUCUGGUUCAUCGAACAAUUCCUCUCCCCAUCCUUCCGCACCCUCCUCCCCCAUCUCGCCGCCGAAUACGGCUUCUCCUACGAAAUGGUCACAUACAAAUGGCCACACUGGCUCCGCGCCCAAACCGAGAAACAGCGCGAAAUCUGGGGCUACAAGAUACUCUUCUUAGAUGUCCUCUUCCCCCUCUCCCUGGAAAAAGUCAUCUUCGUAGACGCAGACCAAAUUGUCCGAACAGACAUGUACGACCUCGUCACUCACGAUCUUCAAGGCGCCCCAUACGGCUUCACACCAAUGGGCGACUCCCGUACCGAAAUGGAAGGCUUCCGCUUCUGGAAACAGGGCUAUUGGAACACAUAUCUCCGUGGGAAACCGUAUCAUAUCUCGGCUCUGUAUGUUGUCGAUCUCAACCGCUUCAGGGAACUGGCGGCUGGUGAUCGAUUGCGAGGCCAGUAUCAGAUGCUCUCGGCUGAUCCGAAUAGUCUCAGUAAUCUGGAUCAGGAUCUGCCUAAUCAUAUGCAGCAUCAUAUUCCUAUUCAUAGUCUACCGCAGGAGUGGUUGUGGUGUGAGACUUGGUGUGCUGAUGAGGAUUUGCAGUCGGCGAAGACUAUUGAUUUGUGUAACAACCCGUUGACUAAGGAGCCUAAAUUGGAGAGAGCGAGGAGACAAGUUCCUGAGUGGACGGUUUAUGAUGAUGAGAUUGCUGCGCUGGCGAAGAGGGUUGCUGAGGAGAAGGUUGAGUUUGUGCAUGACGAGGAGGGUGAUGAUGUUGAAGACGAAGGGAAAGAUGAGCUAUAG